GAAAACACGAAAAUCAAACUCCGAAACGUGCUCCUAAAACGCAAGAACCCAUGUCGGAAAUGCGUCGAAACAACAUUCGGGUAAGCUCGGGUAUAUUCGUUGCUUCGUAACAAGUGCUGCCACCUGUCAAGUUGAGUUUUUAUUCGAAUUUUUGCCAGCCAUUUUGCCUUGAAUUUUGCAAAGUGAAAAAUAACCGGUUCCAUUUUCUAUUGUCAUUUGUCAUUCAUUGUGCAAUGUGCAUUUUUGGUGGGCGCCACAUUUUUACUGUUUAAUUACGAUUAUUACGCACGUAGCUGAGAAUUUCGUCUCCAAUCGACUACUAUAGACGACAGAUCUUUCCGCCAGUGUCAUUUGUCUUUGUCUAGUCUUUGAUGUCCGGCUUGGUUUAUUCUUUACAUUGUGCGUUCGUUUAACUACAGAACUUUUGCUUUUGGAGUCCUGCUGAGAAAAGUUGUUCCACUCGAAAGGAACAUAAUUCUUCGUAUCGAAGUAGUCUAUUUGCGUUCCACGUUGAUCGAUUUAAUUCAUGCAUCGUGCAUCUUCGACGAUAGAUCGUAAUCGUUUCAUUUGAAUAUAAUUGCAGUAUUACUCGAACGAUCGCAAACCGAGAUCCUGAGAAGACUGAUUUUUUCAUCGCCACCAGACAAUAACGCAAAAUGGACGACUCAGAAAUCAACGAUGGCAGAUUCAUUUUUCUCUCAUCGCCACCGAAACUGAAACUUAUAUCUACUCGUUUCAUAGCAAGGCAGCUGGUUUUCGACGAGUUGAAUCGCGAUGCCGGAAACAUCAGCAAUCCAUCGAAAAGUUUCAUAUUGGACGAUUGGAUGGACGUUCAUGUCGACAAAAUGCUAUCAAAUCUACCAUCCAUUGCUGCAAUUUGUCGCUCCGAAAUGACAGAUCAGAUCAAGUUCGUCGGUAUGGAAAUCUCACGCUGGGUGAUGAGACACGCAGGAGGACACGCUUCAAAAGUAUUCUUCCGGAGGUGUGACUCGAUCGAGCGUCGUUUCGUUACGUCUGAUUUCUUAGCCGAAUUUAUUUGGAAUCUUGAUGGCGAGAUAGAUUACGUUAAAACCGCCGAGAAACUGAUUCGUGAUACGUAUUUGACCGAAGAAGAGAAAUUUAAAAUGGCUUGCGAAUAUUGCAUGGAAGACGAGAUUGACGACAUGUACGAUACGUACGAUUGCCUGGACGUCGACGACUGCACGGAAAUCGAAGAUUUCUCCAAGAGUAACUAUAUUUUGUAUUGGGAUAGUGCGAGGGAAGGAUACGACGUAGAGAUGCCCGAAGAUGAUGACGAUGAUCGAUCUUUCGAAUUAUUCAUGUUGGAAUCUCCUCCGUGCAACGAAUCUGCGUUGAGGUAUUUUUUCUCCCAAUUAGAGGACGAAGAGAGGCAAGAUUUCGCAAAUGGUAGAAUGUUAACUUUGCCAAUGUGUAUAGUAAAGCAUAUUAUACCCUUGUAUACCGAACUCGAGCAGAGAGAUCUUUUCGUGAAUAACGUGGUCCAAAUGAUGGAGAAUAUCACGACUGAAAUGCCCGUCGAGCAAUGUCUGCAGUUUUGGAAUUUUGUCAAGCCUAUGUUACGUGGUAAACAAUAUAUUCAAAUGCUGAUUGCUAUAUUUAAAUGCCCCGAGUACGCAUUCGACAGUGAUUCGAAUUGGAUGGCUGAAUACACGAUGGAGAUAUGGAAAACGUCGCCGAGUCAUUUGAAACAAUUCAUAUUUCGCGAACAAAACGACAGCUUCGUGUUGAAGUGGAAUAAAUGGUGCAGCGACACGCGAGAUGAUAAUUACAGACUGCGAAACGACGCGAUGCUUUUGCAAAUUCUAUCAGAUGGCGACUUGGAGUACCGAACACGGUUCUGGCUUAAAGAAUGGACCAAUUUAAUCAUCGGAGUACGUCCUCCAGCCCUGAGUACACUAUUGGAGAUCUGUCUACCAGAUACUCAAGCGAGGGAAGAAUUUAUGAAACAAAUCAUCGAAUCUGAUCGUAUGGUUGCCUACUUGGAUAAAUUACUCGAAGUCGGAUUCAUUAUCGAGAUGAACCAGUUUCUAGACAUCUUGCUGUCCGAGCCGAGCCAAAGGACGGAUUACAAGAAGAAAAUGAGACCAGGUUUCGUUCGAUUGCCCCAGAAAUUCGUACGUAGUUGGGAAACCCCGAGUGACGAACAGAUCGACGCUUUUGGCCAGUUUAUCGACGAAAUCAAACACCGUGACGAUAACGAUGACAAUGACGACGACGAAGACGAUGAAGGCGAAAACACCCCCGAGGAAUGCAAAGUGCGCGCGAUCUCAGCUGCUUUUGUUGCUUUCAUCGACGAAAGAUUCAUCGAACGUAGGAUUUUCAACAACAUCUUGCACGUAGCCAAACGUCUGUGCGAUGAGCAGAAGGUGAAGUCUGAUGUAAAAAUCAUGUUCAUCAUGUAUCAUAUAUUCGCCACGACUGAAGAAGAUAAGGAAGAGUUUAUAAAAACGAUGGUGAACGCGAAUACGAAUCGAGCCUGGAGGAGGAUUAUGUUAUGGGCUCUAGGUUCUCGAGAGAAAAUGGAGAAGUUUUUUGAUGGAUUUGAAGUUUUACAAGAUCCUAAGUGCGAGACUUGGUUCGAUGAGUGUCGUGUAAGUGGUGAUGAGGAGGAUGGAGACUUUGCGUGAGGGUAAUUUGUUUUCGAAUUGCGUAGAUUAUAAUAUAUUCAUUAUUCAUAUUCUCCUAGUGUUGCUUUGUGUUUACGAUUAUUGUAUUUUUAUGGAUUUUUUUUUCGUUUGAGUUGAUUUUCCAAGAGUAAUAUUUCGAAGUGGUUUUUCAACGAUUUUUUUAAUAUUAUUACUUAGUUGAUUAAUGAUUACCGUAUCUACAUUAUGUUGUAAUUGGAUAAUGUUUCUGAAUUUAAAUUUAGUAUUACCUAUGUUUUUUGUUCCAUUUUUUCCAUUUUUUACUAAACGUGACGUGUAAUUUGUGAGUUACGAAUUGAUGUUUUUUUUCUUCUAAAUAUAGUAAUUUUGAACUUGGUUUCAAUAGUUAUAAAUUUUUGAAUGACUUACGUACGUUGCAGUUAUGAAUGUACGACGUGUUGUAAAGUUUGAUAAAAUAAAAAAAUGUUGCGUAAAAUAUA